CCCUCCCAACUUUGAACAAGGGUUUUGCUGCUCAAGUCUCAAACAACACGCAUCUUCCAAGCUCCAUUUGGAUAAAGACAGAUUUGCGCUUAUCGAUCGAUUGGACUAGUUGAGCUCACGAUUAUGGCGUACGUAGAUCACGCUUUCUCGAUAUCUGAUGAGGACAUCAUGAUGGAGUCUUCUUACAUCAUGAACAAUCGUCCUCCCGUCAAGGAGAUCGCACUUGCCAUCUCUCUACUUUUCUUCGGCACCACAGCAAUUGUCUUGGGAAUCUUCAUGUCCAUCAAUCGUGUAGGCGGCGAUCGGGCUCAUGGGUUUUUCUUUGCGUUACUUGGGGCCGUACUAUUCCUUCCAGGUUUCUACUAUACUCGGAUUGCUUACUUUGCCUACAAGGGUUACAAGGGUUUCUCUUUCUCCAACAUCCCCCCUGUUUAAUAGUGCUUGAGAAACAAACAAAAACACGAAUGAGUGCUCUUUCAUGUACAUAAUAUUAUCUUUCAUACGCACUAUGAAUAUCCUUUUCAAACACGUAUCUUUACUUGUAAUGUUAGUUAUCAUGUCUCAAUUAAUUUUCUUAUUUUGAAUCAUCUCCAAGUAGUAGUAGUAAUAGUGUUUGCUGAUGAUUGUGGUUGGGUCUUGAGUUGGAUAAAAAUGAUGUUCAUCCACUGACUAUCAUCUUUAGCUGCUCUGAAUAAACAAACAAUUGAUACACAGAUUUACAUUGUAUGAAUUUCAUAUAUAGUCUCCUU